AUGCGACGCCCCACGUGCGCGGUCGACAUCGACGCCGAUGGCGUCGGCGUGCUUACGCUGUCGCGCCCGCACCGCGCGAACGCGCUGAACGAAGAAAUGUGGACCGACUUUGCCGAGUGUGUGAAGUUUGUGGGACAGUCGAACGCGCGAUGCGUCGUCGUGCGCGGCGAUGGUCGGCACUUCUGCGCCGGCAUCGACGUCGCGGAUGAGGCGACGUUGAAAUCGACCCUCGGCGACGUCGGCGACGUCGGCGCGGCAACGUGCGAGGGACGCCGGCGGGAGAGUUUGUUGAGGAAUAUUAAGAGGUUGCAAGACGCGUUCACGGCGCUCGAGCGGGACGUGGAGUGUCCGACGAUCGCGUGCGUGCGAGGGGCGUGCUACGGAGCGGGGGUAGAUAUGAUCACGGCGUGUGAUUUGAGGGUGUGCUGCGGGAAAUCGGCGCGGUUUUGCGUCAAGGAGGUGGAUUUGGGCAUCACCGCCGACGUCGGCACGCUUCAGCGCUUGCCGUCGAUUAUUGGCUUCGGUAGGGCGGUGGAACUGGCGAUGACCGCCAGGGAGAUGGACGCGAAAGAGGCGCUCGCGAUUGGAUUGGUGAGCGAGAUUUGUGACGACGUUGAAGCACGCGCGAUGGCUCUCGCGAAAAUGUUGGCGAAGAAGUCGCCUCUCGCGCUUAGAGGCACGAAACGAACACUCCUGCGGCAGCGCGACGACCCAAACGUCGCGCGCGGGCUCGACUACGUCGCAACGCACAACGCUGCCAUGCUGAUGAGCAACGAUUUAAACGAAAGUUUGCGCGCUAGAUUCGAGAAACGCGAACCGAUAUUCGCUAAGCUCUAG